UCAAUAUUAGCAUCCAAUUCACUCCGAAAAAUUGGAAAGCUAUGUGGUUGCUCGAACAUGGGGAGUCUUUCGCUUUAUCUAACCUGGAACUCGCUACUUUUAUUCCGCAGUCAAACGAUCCAAACCAGUGUUUUUGGACCUCAAUGGAUUGAUUACCUACCUAUCAUAAUGAAUGUGGAAUUUUCUGCAUAUUGGAAAGUAAGACCAAGUGAUUGCCAUAACUAGUCAAUGGAGUCAAUGGAGAAAAAAGUUCCACAUAUUGGAAAGUAAAUCCAAGUCUUGACAGAAAGAAAUAGUACUAAUCAUCUGUUUAGCAAUAAUAAGUUCUUGCGUUAUUGUUGAAAAACUCAAUUUUCUAUACAAAUGGCUUCUGUUUCUUUGAUUUUCUUUGUGUUAUUUCUGCUGCAUGUUGUGACUGGAGCUCAACAGGAACGUUCGAGCAAGAUAGAACUCGGUUCAACGCUGUUUCCUGCAUCUCAUCCCACUUCAUGGUUCUCUGCUUCAGGUCAAUUUGCAUUCGGUUUCUAUCCUGAAGGUGCUGGCUUUGCUGUUGGAGUUUGGCUAGUUGGAAAACAUAACAUUACGGUUGUGUGGACUUCAAAUCGCAAUGACGAACCAGUAUCCGAGAAUUCAACAAUAGUUCUAACCAAUGAUGGCUAUCUUCUUCUAAGGACUGGACAAGGAGGGGACAAGCGUAUUGCUACUAAUGCCGAUGCUGCUUCAUCUGCCUCUCUGCAAGAUUCUGGCAAUUUAGUCCUCUUCAACAAGAACAAUAAUGUCAUUUGGGAGAGUUUUAAUCACCCGACUGAUACCAUUUUAGGGGGUCAGACACUCUUCUCUGGAGGUCAAUUGAUCAGUUCAUCAGAGUAUAUCCACUCUACGGGACAAUUUCAUCUCAAGAUGCAGGAUGAUGGAAAUCUUGUUUUAUAUCCAUUGCAUACUGGAGAUACUCCAGCGGAUGCUUACUGGUACACCGAAACUUUUGGGCAUGGUUCCGAGUUUGAUCUUUUUCUCAAUAGUUCUGGCCGGUUGCUAAUUAUCAACAGAACUAAUCAGUAUGCCAUCACACAAGUAGCUGAUUCCUCAUCAUCAGGAAAAAGUGAUAAUAGUACAAUUUAUCGUGCAACUCUCGACACUGAUGGUGUUUUUCGCAUGUAUUCUCAUAAGAAAGAUGGAAAUACUGGUGAGCUCAAAGCAGCAAUUGAAUGGGCAGAACCAGAAAGUCCGUGUCAAGUGAAAAGCUUCUGUGGGUUCAAUAGCUUUUGCACGUUUAAUGAUAAUCAGCCCUACUGUCUCUGUCUUCCUGGCUCUGAUUUUAUAAAUGUUAAUCAAUCUUCUCUUGGUUGUGCUAGAAACUAUAAAGCUGCAGGGUGUAGAGGUGGAAGAGAAAACAUGUUGCAUUUUAACAUCACCCGUAUGGAGAAUUUGCAAUGGGGAGAUCGCCCGUACAGUGAAGAAGAGAUGACAAUAGAAGAAUGCAGCACAUCUUGUUUAGAAGAUUGCAAUUGCGGGGCUGCACUGUUUUCUCGUCGGAAAUGCAUGAAACAAGCACUUCCAUUGAGAUAUGUUAGAAGACUCCAGCCAGGAGACAGAGAAGGUCCGACCACAGCCUUCUUAAAGAUAGGCAUUAAAAAUGUUGAUGGCAGGAAUUCAACCAACUCUAUCCCUUCGAACCUGCCUUUUGUUGUGAUCAGAAACAAAAAGGCAACUGCCCAAAUCCUUGUUCUAAUUUCGAGUCUUGUCCUGUUUUCAUUUCUUGCUCUUAUAGUUUCUGGCGUGUACAUUCACAAAUUUAGAUUAUUAAGAUAUAAAAGGCUACUGGAUAGCGGAAAGGAUGGUCUAAUCGAUGAGCUGACCUUGCGAUUCUUUUCAUACAAUGAGCUUAAAGUAGCAACAAAUGGUUUCAAACAAGAGUUGGGAAAAGGCUCAUUUGGAUCGGUUUACAAAGGAACCUUAUACAAAGGGAAAAAGCUGAUCGCAGUGAAGAGGCUAGAGAAAUUAGUGGAAGAAGGCCAAAGAGAGUUCCGAGCAGAGAUGCGAGCAAUAGGAAGAACUCAUCACAGGAACUUGGUUCGCUUGUUGGGAUAUUGUGCUACGGAAUCUAAAAGACUUCUGGUUUACGAGUACAUGAGCAAUGGCUCGCUUGCAGAUCGUUUGUUCAAGUCUACAACACAGCCGGAUUGGAAUGAGAGAAUGCGAAUGGCACUCGACGUUGCCAAAGGAAUCCUCUAUCUCCAUGAAGAGUGCGAGUCACCUAUCAUUCAUUGCGAUAUCAAACCGCAAAACAUAUUGAUGGACGACUUUUUUCGAGCUAAGAUUUCUGAUUUCGGGUUGGCAAAACUAUUGAUGCCUGAUCAAACAAAGACAUUCACAAUCAUCAGAGGGACAAGGGGUUACUUAGCACCAGAGUGGCAUAAGAACAUCCCCAUAUCAGUAAAGGCUGAUGUAUACAGUUAUGGAAUUGUUGUGUUGGAAAUUGUUUGCUGCAGAAGGAACAUGGACACUAACGUGUCGAAUCCAGAAGAAAUUCUUCUAACAACAUGGGUCUAUAAUUGUUUUAUCAAUGGAGAAUUGAAUAAGCUUGUGGUAGGUGAAGAAGCAACCGAUGAGAAGAUAUUGGAGAAAAUGGUGCAAGUUGCAUUAUGGUGUAUUCAAGAAGAACCGCCUCUUCGCCCUUCCAUGAAGAGCGUUGUUUUGAUGUUAGAAGGGAUUGCUGAUAUAUCCAAUCCUCCAUGUCCAUCUAAUGCUUCCAUGUAAUCCAAUUCUGUGAAGCUGUGUUCUAUACUUCUAUUUUGUUUUGUUAGGAAGUUGUAAACCAAUAUGAUAGAUUCAAUUUAAGCCUGCUCCUCCAAAUUUUUUUCGGACGAUACAAUCGAAAUGAAAGCUGCAAUGAAAUUUAUAUCUACAUUUUUUUUA